CUCAGUUUGUGACACGCGGAGCGCGUCAGUCACAAAAGCGCGUCUUAGACUGAGAUCAUCCUUUCUCACAUGUUCAUCCAUUCGUUUUCGUCCUUACGUCUCAGCCAUGACAACUCAAGAUGAUGAACCAAUCAAGAAAGCGCCAAAGCCAAUUCGGCGCUUGGAACAGUCGCUUAUAAACAGGAUUGCUGCUGGUGAAAUUAUUCAGCGCCCUUCAUCAGCUCUCAAGGAACUCAUCGAGAACGCGCUCGAUGCUGGCGCGAAGCAGAUACGCGUAACUGUCAAAGAAGGUGGUCUAAAACUUGUACAAAUUCAGGACGACGGCUGUGGCAUUCGAAAAGCAGAUCUCCCAAUCCUCUGUGAACGCUACACAACAUCCAAAAUUUCUAAAUUUUCCGAUUUAGCUUCCAUUCAUACAUAUGGAUUUCGUGGAGAAGCACUGGCCUCGAUAUCGCAUGUUGCUCACUUGACGGUGACGACGAAAACAGAACUAGAUCCCUGCGCAUGGAGAGUUUCGUAUAGCGAUGGUCGUCCAGUAUCAAGUUCGCCCUCUUCUUCUCAACCUCGUUCUUCUCAACUUCCUUCCGCUUCCUCUUCGUCGUCUUCACAGCCUGCACCAUCCCAAGAAGACAUAAUAAAUAAUACAAACAUCAUAAAACCCUACGCCGGAACGAAUGGUACGACUCUAACGGUCGAAGACCUCUUUUACAAUACUCCCACUCGAUUAUCAGCUUUACGCUCCUCAUCCUCUUCCGUUUCUGAAGAGUAUGGAAGGAUAUUGGAUGUUGUAAUGAGGUAUGCAGUUCAUAAUCCGAAUGUUGGGUUCAGUUGCAAAAAAGGUGCAGGCGGAGUAGGGAGUGUGCCGGAUAUUAGUACGCCAGGGGAAGGUACGAGUGGGAGUGGAAGAAGUGCCAGUGUCGAGGGUGCGAUCAAGUUGGUUUAUGGAGGGAAUGUGGGGAGGGAGUUGAUGCAUGUUAAGACGUCUUCUGAGGAUGGAGACAAGUCUUCGAGGAAGAGAAAGAGGAGUGGCGAUGCCGGUGGUGAUGAGGAGGACGGGGAUGGAGGCGAGGAAGAGGAAGGAGAAGAUGAUAUGAUGAGGGACACUGGAGACGAAGAUGACCUUCCACCUCUUAAAAGCCGGACAACCUGGUCCGCCGAAAUUUACGCAACAAGCGUCAACUAUCAUUCCAAAAAGAUAACCUUUCUCUUAUUCAUUAAUCAUCGCUUGGUAGAGUCGACACGUAUCAAGCGAGCUGUUGAAGCUGUUUAUGCAUCCAUACUCCCGAAGGGGUCAUAUCCGUUUGUCUACCUGAGUCUGGAAAUUGACCCAGCAAGUGUGGACGUGAACGUUCACCCAACAAAACGAGAGGUCCAUUUCUUAGAUGAGGAUAAGAUUACAGAAGCAGUGAUGGAUAAAAUUCAAGCAGCGCUCACCGUAAGAAAUGAUUCUAGGACGUUCGAGUAUCAGACCCUCCUUACAAGAGGAGGAAGCAAUGUGGAUGGAGUCCAACAACUUCAGCUUCGUGAUCGUGGUCCAAAAUUCCGCAUACAGGAUGAGGAAGAGCAACGAGAACAAAUAUCCUCGCCCUUGAAGACUCCCGCUUCAAAACCGUACCCACAUCAUAAAGUCCGAGGCGUUACAGCUCAAGAUCGCACUUUGGAUUCCAUGUUCCUCCCAACUUCCCAUCCCUCGCAUCAAUCCCAGGCUCCAGCUAAACCCACUCCUUCAUCUUCAUCAUCCGCCGCUGUCGCCUCAAGUCAGAGCAAAGGCACUCCUCGGGAUAUCGACGCGGAUUCAUCAGAGGAAGAUGAUAACGAAGAUCCACUUCUGGAGGACGUAGUGACUCAAACUCAGAAUACAACUAGAGGAAGGACUGGGAAGGAACGAGAAAUGGUGAGGAUCCAAGAUUCGAAGUGUUUCCUGCAGAGCGUCAUGGAGAUGAGGGCAGAGAUUAAGAAGGCAGGACAUGAACGUCUACAUGAUAUAUUAUCCAAUCACACGCCGGUCGGUAUCGUAGAUUUGGAACGAUGUCUCGCUCUCAUUCAGCACACAACGAAUUUAUACAUGAUCGAUUAUGGGGCCUUGUCAGAAGAAUUGUUCUAUCAACUUGGCGUACGCCAAUUCGGGGACUUUGGAAAGCUACUCCUCGAACCACCUCCAGAAGUUCAGACGCUCAUUCAGCUUGCUGUUGAUUGCGAGACCACAGUCGAGAAAAGUGGAAUGACAAAAGAACAAGUUGUUCAGGCCAUCGUUGGACUUUUGAUGGAUCAGCGAGAAAUGCUCCAAGAAUAUUUCUCGCUUAUCAUCAAUGAGAAAGGAUUGUUGGAGAGUAUACCCAUGUUACUGAAAGAUUACACUCCCAAUUUGGACCGUUUACCUUCCUUUUUGAUGCGACUCGGUCCACAGGUAAAUUGGACGUCCGAAAAGGACUGCUUCGAGACUUUCCUCCGCGAACUGGCGUUCUUCUAUUCGGCGGGUUUCGCCCCUCCCCCUCCAGCUUCUUCCUCUCCAUCAUCAGCCGAUAAUAUGGACGUGGAUGGCGGUCAUGGGGACGGUGAAAGCGAUGAUCUGAUGCAGGAAGAAAAGGCGGAACGAUGGCAGAUUGAACAUGUUUUGAUGCCCGCGAUCAGGGAUUAUCUGGUUCCGCCAAAGGGCUUACUGGGUUCGGUGGGACCACAGGGUGUGAAAGGGAAAGGGAAAGGGAAAGUGGGUGACGUUCAAAGUGGGAGCGCGGUGGUUCAGGUGGCCAGUUUGCCUGACCUCUACCGGGUAUUUGAGAGAUGUUAAUAUUGAAGAUUGAUUGUUGCCUUCAUCCGAAUGAAGCGUCAUCUCGCUAGAACAUGAAACACAGCAUAUGUAGAUGGAAUAUUGCAGCUGCGUGAUACCUGGUGUUUGGUGGAACCUUCGGUAGCUUGGGACUGCCAGUGAUACUUGGUAUUAAAUCGGCUAUUGGUGUGAUGGAAUAAUGGUAU